GCGAUGUCCUAAGGGCGCUAUGCCAGUCUCAUUGCUAUCGUCUUUUCUAUCGGCGGCAGUUAAGUAUAAUAAUUUGCGCGAUUACAGAACAAAUUCUGCAUGAACAAUAAAUAAAUGUAAGGUAAAACUUCUACGGCGACGAUAAGGCGACACGCAUUACGAAUAUUCCAAUUGUAGCGAGCGGAUGUAUUCGAUGAAAAUUCAGCCUGUGCUGCAGUGAAUUUUCAAUUUGGAGUGUAAAUUUUACGAUAAAACGUGAUGAAUGAUUAUAUAAUUCUGUUAUUGACGACAUGGUUCGCCGUAGUUCUCGUGAAAGUGGCUAAAUGGCUUUUCGAGUAUUACAGAUUUGCCAAUACCGUCAAUAAAAUUCCGGGACCAAAGGCUCAUCCUAUAGUGGGGAACGCGCUGAUGAUUAUAAAGGUCGAUCGCAAAGAUCGCUUGAAAUGGUUCCGUGACCUGUGCGAACAGUAUCAGAUGGAUGGAUUAUUCCGCAUUUGGCUUGGAACUAAAGCAAACGUUCAUUUUAUUUCGCCAGAAACUGUCAGCGUGAUUUUGCGCAGCAAGACGCUCAUUACGAAAUCAGACAUUUAUAGUUUCGUUCAACCGUGGCUGGGUACAGGACUGAUAACUUCUACAGGGGAAACGUGGCAUCAGCAUAGAAAAUUGAUUACCCCAACCUUUCAUUACAAUAUAUUGGAGGAAUAUUCAGUGGUAAUGUUUGAGAAGACGGAAGUUUUGAAAAAAUGUAUCGAGACAGAGCUAAAGACGAAUCCAGAAGAACCGAUCGAUAUUCAUGCUUUUUCAUUGAAAUGUACACUGGAUAUAAUCUGUGAAGCAGCAAUGGGGGUCAACAUCAAUGCUCAAAUGGACGAAAAUUUGGAAUAUGCAACAGCCUUAAAUCGAAUCAGCACCGAAGCUGUAGAACGGACAUUCCGACCUUGGCUACAUAAUGACUGGUUCUACUAUCAGACUCAGCGUGGAAAAAAAUUCAAGCAUUUUGUAGAAACAGCGCACAAGUUUACAAAGAAGGUAAUAAGUGAAAGGAAGGCGGCCCAGAAAAUCCGUCAGCAAAAUAACCCCGAUGAAAAGUACAAGUUCGAGAAACCAAAAUCACAGGCAUUUUUAGACCACUUGUUAGACGCGUGCGAACGUGAAAAGAUGCCACUCACCGACGACGAGUUGCGACAAGAAGUUGACACGUUUUUAUUCGCAGGUCACGAUACGUCGGCUGCGACUAUAAGUUGGGCGCUUUUCUGCAUCGGCAAUAAUCCGGAAGUCCAAGAAAAAAUCCACGAGGAGCAUUUGCGCAUAUUUGGGGACUCGAAGGAACCAGCGACGAUUCAACAAAUCAACGAACUCAGAUACCUUGAAAGGGUGAUAAAGGAAACACUGAGACUAUUUCCCGCUGUGCCAUCGGUGAGUCGAACCAUAACCGAAGACACGGAAAUAGCUGGAUACAAAGUGCUUAAAGGUAUCUACGCUUCCGUUCUGAUACACUACGUUCACCGGCAUCCGAACCAUUGGCCAAAUCCGGAUAAAUUCGAUCCGGACAGAUUUUUACCGGAGAAUUCUCAAGGGCGACAUCCGUACGCGUACAUACCCUUCAGUGCCGGACUCAGAAACUGUAUUGGACAAAAAUUCGCCAUUUUGGAGGGGAAGAUCGUCUUAACAGCAGUAUUGAGAGAAUGGAGGGUCAAGAGCGCUGUGAAAUAUGAGGAGAUCAAGUAUCACAGUGAAUUCAUACUCAGGCCACAGGACGGAAUCAAGAUCUACUUUAUCCGCAAGUAGUAGGGAUGAAUUUCACAACGAAUCUCCACAAACUGCAGUUGUUCGUAAAAAUAAAUAAUGCAUCUGGGAAAA